AUGAAUACAAUAACAAGUAAAAUGCCUGUUGUAGAAGUACCUUCUGAGCAACGCGCGAAAUGGUUUCGAGAACAACCAAAUAUUCAUGUCGGAGAUAUUGUACUAAUUGUCGAUAGCAAUUUACCACCACUAGAGUGGCGUUCAGGUAGAGUUCAAGACGUGCAUCCCGGCAAAGACGGUGUAGUGCGCGUGGUCACCCUACGCACUACUAAUGGACUCCUUAAGAGACCAGUAAAUAAACUGUGUCCUCUACCUUUAAAUCAAUAA